AUGCCUCUUUGUUGGUUUUUAAUGGAUCUAGGUGCUUGCGAAGGUACGUUGGCAUGUUCAACUUGUCAUCUGAUCUUCUCUGAAAAAGAUUACGCAAAGUUACAUAAUCCUCUAACCGAGGAGGAACAAGAUUUGCUAGAUUUAGCAUAUAACCUGACUGACACAUCCCGUCUUGGCUGUCAAAUUGUGAAUCAGUUUAUGAUGCACGUUCUUAAUAUGAGGUAG